UCUUCUUUACCGUUUGGCCUCAAAAAACCAAAAAGAAAUAGAACCCUCCAGAAGCACACUCGCACACACAAACACAAACACACACUGAGAGUGCUACAGGGGGAGAUAGAGAAGAAUGGACAGGUACCAGAGAGUGGAGAAGCCAAGGCCUGAAGAACCUAUUAACGAGAAUGAGAUCAGAAUCACUGCUCAGGGUCUUAUUCGUAACUAUAUUAGCUAUGCCACCACGCUUCUUCAGGAAAAGCGUGAACAGGAGAUUGUUUUGAAGGCAAUGGGCCAGGCAAUCAGUAAGAGCGUGGCCAUUGCAGAGAUUAUAAAGAAGAGAAUCCCUGGGCUGUAUCAAGACACUUCUAUUGGCUCAACAACCAUAACGGAUGCAUAUGAGCCAAUUGAAGAGGGUUUAGAACCUUUGGAGAUGACUCGCCAGGUCUCCCUUAUAUCAAUUACUUUGUCAACCAAUGAGCUGAAUAAGAAUUCUCCAGGGUACCAGGCGCCCUCCAACAUAGAUCAGCCAAGAGGUGAAAAUCAGCAGCACCAGCAACCAAGACAAUAUGUUAACAUAGCUGAAAAUAAUCUAGAUUCAUAUGGUGGCCGAGGUCGAGGCAGAGGUCGAGGAAGAGGAAGAGGACGUGGUCGUGGGAGGGGAGGCUAUGGAAACUAUCAAGGGGAGAACGGUGGAUAUUAUAACUAUGGUCGAGGAGGUGGACGAGGCAGAGGCUGGGGUUAUCGUGGUUCGGGAUAUGGAAGGGGCAGAGGUGGAUUCCAAGUUGGGGGCCGAGGUUAUGGUCGUGGGCGUGGAAGGGUGGGCCGAGGAAGAGGUGGUGUAAACCAGGCACAGAUUUGAGAUGGUUUGUCUGAAUGUUUUGAAAGCUGAACAGUUUUACCUGAUCUUAUAUCAUAAGGAAGUUUCAGUGCUUCUUUCGUGGAGAAUGAACUUUGUGGGUGAUCUUUUCACAGUUUUCUGGUUUGCCAUACUAUGGAUGUGCCAGGGUUUUCUUUCAAUUGGCUGCCCUUUCUCCAAGAGAGCCGUAUGUUGGUUCUUGUUUUUUGCGAGAUUCAUGUUACUGCCUUUUUGUAGCUAUAUUUGAUUUUUGAGUGUAUAUAGAUAGAUAUUUUAGUGAAUUUCCUUUUUCUUUUCCAUUUUGCAAAGCCAGUAGCUCAUAAUAGGCUGUAAAAGAUUGGAUUGGAAAUGCUUUUUUUUUUUUUUUUUGGUUUGGAGCACUUCAAAAUUGAAAUAUACAUGAAAGAAAGAAGGGUAUCCAUUUGAGAA